UAAAAGUAAAAAACACUAAAAAUACUAAUCUCCUAGCUCAAGCAAACUGCAAAGCACAACAACACACACAGUUUCAGAUAAAUCAAACUCAGACGAGUGAGCCACCACCACCGAGUCACCAUGGACAGCCAAGAAGGAACUCAGCAGCCACACCUCGUGCUCGCCAACAAGCUCUUCCUCCUCAGGCACCCUCACGUUCAGGACAUCGAGAAGGUCCGCCUCAAAGACGAGGUCUUCUCCGCCGUCAAAUCCGACGAUAUGGCUCCGUUGUACGAAACCCUAGCUACCGAUUCGGUGUUGGAGAGAGAUCAGCGGCUUCUGGACUCGAUGCGUGCUAAGAUCGACGAAGAGAUUAAGAAGCUUGACGAAAAGAUUGCUGAUGCUGAGCUAAACUUGGGUGAAACUGAAGUUCGAGAAGCCCAUUUGGCAAAAGCCUUGUAUUUUAUUCAAAUUGGUGACAAGGAGAAAGCAUUGGAACAACUCAAGGUGACAGAAAGCAAAACAGUUGCAGUCGGGCAAAAGAUGGACUUGGUGUUCCAUACCCUACAGCUUGGAUUUUUCUACAUGGAUUUUGAUCUAAUUUCCAAAAGCAUUGAUAAAGCAAAGAGCUUGUUUGAAGAGGGAGGAGAUUGGGAAAGGAAGAAUCGUUUGAAGGUGUAUGAAGGCUUGUACUGCAUGUCCACUCGAAACUUCAAGAAGGCAGCCAGUCUGUUUUUGGAUUCUAUAUCAACCUUCACAACUUAUGAACUUUUCCCUUAUGACACCUUCAUAUUCUACACUGUCCUUACAAGCAUUAUAACCUUGGAUAGAGUUUCCCUGAAGCAGAAGGUUGUUGAUGCUCCAGAGAUAUUGACAAUUAUUGAAAAAAUCCCAUAUCUUUCAGAGUUUUUGAACUCCUUGUACGAGUGUCAAUAUAAAUCAUUUUUCAUUGCUUUUGCUGGCCUUACGGAGCAAAUAAAAUUGGACCGCUAUUUGCAUCCACACUUUCGUUACUAUAUGAGGGAGGUCAGAACUGUGGUUUAUUCCCAGUUUUUGGAAUCCUAUAAAAGUGUUACAAUUGAAGCAAUGGCUAAGGCAUUUGGAGUUACAGUGGAGUUUAUUGAUUUGGAGCUCUCGCGUUUUAUUGCCGCAGGGAAGCUUCAUUGCAAGAUUGAUAAAGUUGCAGGCGUUCUUGAGACUAAUCGUCCAGAUGCAAAGAAUGCUCUUUACCAAGCAACUAUCAAGCAAGGAGACUUCCUAUUAAACCGGAUCCAGAAGCUAUCUCGUGUGAUUGAUCUGUGAAGUAUUAUUUGAUUUUCAUUUUGAAAAUGAUGCCAAAAUUUGCACAUUUCAGAGGAACACAGAGCAUAAGGAAGUUCUGUUGGAUGCCUUUUAUUCGUGAAUCUGAUAUUAACUUAUCUGUAACUAAUUGUUUUCCGAACUUAACAAGCAUUGAACAUACUGAUUCAGAAUUCAAUUCCAGUUUUCAGUUUUCUUGAGUUUA